AAGGGAUCAUUCGGUGGCCAUGGAUCCAACGUGCUCUUCUGAGAGCGUUUAUAACCUCAUACCCAGUGACGCGAAGGAGCCUCCCCAGCCUCCUAGGUACACAUCAGUUUUUAAGACAACUGUGAAAGAAGAUGUUCAAAAAGCUAAAAAUGCAAUGAAAACUAUGGGACCAGCAAAAGUUGAAGUACCUUCUCCAAAAAAUUUCCUAAAGAAACAUUCAAAGGAAAAAACUCUACCACCCAAAAAAAAGUUUGAAUGGAAUGAGCCCAGAAAGCCACCUGUGCCACAGAGGAGUGAACAUCCUGUCAUGGGAAUACAAAGUGGAAAAAAUUUUAUAAAUACAAAUGCAGCUGAUGUCAUUAUGGGAGUGGCUAAAAAGCCCAAACCAAUUUAUGUUGACAAAAGAACUGGAGACAAGCAUGAUCUUGAAUCUUCAGGACUAGUCCCAAAGUUCAUCAAUAAAAAGGAUUAUGGUGUCACACCUGGAUAUAUAUGCAAGCGAAAUGAGGAAGUAAAGAAAGCCCAAGAAGAAUAUGAUAAUUAUGUCCAGGAAAACCUUAGAAAGGCAGCUAUGAAAAGGCUGUCUGAUGAAGAAAGGGAGGCAGUUCUGCAGGGGCUGAAAAAAAACUGGGAAGUGGUGCAUAAAGAGUUCCAGUCUCUCUCGGUCUUCAUAGAUUCCAUACCGAAGAAAAUGCGCAAGCAGAAGCUGGAAGAAGAAAUGAAGCAACUGGAACAUGAUAUUGGUGUAAUUGAAAAGCAUAAAAUUAUUUAUAUUGCUAAUAAGUAAUAACAGAUUGUGAAAGUAUAGUAAUUUCAAUGUAGAAAAAAUCACAAACAUAAAAAUGGAACUAAAGUUUUUUAAAGAGGAAAAUCAUAUGAAGAGAGUAAAAAUAGUCUUAAGAGAAUCAAAAUGCUUAGGCAAUGUUUAAACGAUAAUGUGAAUUAUUCACUUACAUAAGAGAAAAUUUUGUUUCUACCAGUGUCAGGUUUUCCGAUUGUAAACCAAUUAAAGUUUGGUGUACCGUGUUCCAGUUCCAUAGUGUAAUUCAUUUAUUAUUAUGGACUUGUUUCACAUAAACAUUAAUUUCUGGGCCCUAAAAACUAAAGUCAGCAUUCAGAGUUUUCAAAAUUUUUCUCCACUACAUGAUACAAGGAUUACAGCGUUAACAACUGUUGAGUGUUUUGAAUUGGAAAUAGUGGCAUAUGCCUUCUUACCACUCCAGUGUGUUUUCUACAUAUUGAUUCACAGCUCCACACAUUUAAUGGCAUAUACGCUCCACAGCCUAUGUCAUCUGCAGCGAUUCCCAACGGUAAAUGUUAUCAACAUCCAUAUCACUAUCCAUGCUGAAAGGCUUACAUUUGGAGGGAGAAAAAUUAAGAAGAUGACUCAGAAAAUUAAGAAGUCAACUUAUAAAAUGCAUCAUUGAAGAUGAUUAAAUACAUAGAAUAGCCUCCUUCUUGAUGCACCAACUUUUGAAAACUUGUCUAUUCUCUGACUUUUAUUUCAUAAUUCAUUGUAUGUAUCUCGUUAAAAUGGGAUGUUAGUUUUUUUGGUCUUUUCUAUUUAUCUAUUUUGUGAAUUCUGGUCUCUAUUUGUAAGAUUACAUAAUUUAUUAAGCAAUCAGUUUACAUAAGUGGAGCUGUCUUCAACUCAGAAUAAGAAGCAAAAGUCUAUAAAUAUCUAAGAGGGAAAAGAUUCUUUUAUGAAAUUUUAAGUUAGAGAAAUUCAGUAAAAUAUCAGGGCAAUAACAAUUUUUACUGCUUACACUGAUUUUAUACUACAGACAACAUAGAAUCAAAUGACAAACCUUCUCGAGCUCUUUCUUCAUUAAACGCAGGAUUUGGGUGCAUUGUAGAAAAGCUUGCUUUAGUUAAUGAAAGAAAAAUGCUUACGUAGAAAUAUUUUUGAAAACUCACAUUAAACUUUCCCCAUAUCCCUUUAUGAGCAUCAUUUCUUUAUUCCUAUAUUACUUUAGGACAUCAAAAUAAAAGAUAGCUUAUGAUAUACUCUCACUUAUCCAGAAUGGUUGAUUUUUUUUUUUAUUUGUAAGAUGAUUCCUAUCCAUACUAAUUUUUAAAUAAUUCAAAAUCAGUAGCAAUUAAAAUCUUCUGAUUGUCUCAACCUUACGGUUCUUGUGUUCGGGGUCGUAAAUGGGAGUUGCCUUAAAUGUUAAAAUAAUAACUUUGUGGUUUUAACAUGCGGUUUUUCUUUUGGUUCUGUAAAUGUCUACUAAGGAAUCCGAACCAUUCUCCAUGGCACACGGUGUUGUACUAGAUAAAUUUUAUUACCUUUGUCACCUACAGCCUUCUUGUAGAAACUUUCUCAUCCAUAGUUCCUGGGAGGGCUAGCCCUACCAUCAGAAUUCCAACCUUGAAUAGUUCCAGUGCAUCCCCUCCACACGCACAUCUUGGUCAUCCUAUCAGUCAGAAGAGGGACCGACACCUAACUCAGGUGGUUGACCAGUGAUAUGGACUGAAUUGUGCCCUUCCAAAAUGUGUAUGAACUUGGUUAGGCCUUGAUUCCCAGUAUUGUGUGAUUAUCUACUCUUCUGAGAUUUGAUGUAAUUAUCCUAUGUGUUGUAAAUCCUAACCUCUAUGAUGUUAAUGAGACAGAAUUAGAGACAGAUAUACUAAUGAGGCAGGGCACAAUCUACAGGAUUAGGUCAUAUCUUGUAUCAAUCUCUCUUGAGAUAUAGAAGAAAGAAGCAAGCGGAGAAGAGAGGAGCUCAUUACCACCAAGAAAGACAAGCCACAGCAGAGGGCAUCCUUUGGACCCACGUUCCUUGAGCUGAGAAGCUUCUAGAAUAGGAGAAAAUUGAUGUCAAGGACCUUCCCCCAGAACCGACAGAGGAGCCUCCCCCUGGAACUGGUGCCCUGAACUCAGACUUCUAGCCUCCUAACCUGUGAGAGAAUAAAUUUCUGUUUAUUAAACCAUCCACUUGUGAUAUUUCUGUUACAGCAACACUAGAUAUCUAAGACAGCCAGUGACUGAUGAGAUUAUCUCUCUUGAGAGCAUGAACUAAGAGACACAGAGACUGCAGUUACUUGAGGGUAGACAUCUGAGCCUAAGAGGUCACACUUCAUGGCUAUAGCUAGUUUGACUUGACUUCU